AUUCCAUCUUUCCUAUCUUCUAAGAACCCAUCUUACAAGUGAGUUCUUAGCUAUUCCGUGUUUCUUCAAACAUGUGUUCUUUCAUACUCUACCUUUUAGCCUUAUGUUCACUUUCUAUAAUAUCCAUCGUUGAAGCAAGUAAAACCCUAGGUAGCUUCAACAUCGACCUAAUUCAUCGUGACUCAUCAUUGUCACCUUUUUAUAAUUCUUCAAUGACCCCAUCAAAUCUCUUAAAAAAUGCUGCCUUGCGUUCCAUUUCUCGAUCCAACCUAGUUGAUCACCUCCUUGUGGAUGAAAAAGAGUCAACCGAAACAAUUAUAAUUCCAAAUCAUGGUGAUUAUCUCAUGAAAAUUUAUAUUGGUACCCCUCCUGUGGAAAGGCUUGCAAUUGCUGACACAGGAAGUGAUCUUAUUUGGGUGCAAUGUGCGCCUUGUCAGAAAUGUUUUUCUCAAGACACUUCCUUGUUUGAUCCAAACAAGUCCUCCACUUUCACGACUGUGUCAUGCAACUCAAAACCUUGCACACUACUCCCUAGUCGCCAACGUGGUUGUGGAAAUUCAGGACAGUGCGAGUAUUUCUAUCAAUAUGGUGACAAAUCAUUCACCAAAGGAAACUUGGGUGUUGAUGCCAUUAAUUUUGAUGGUGGCCAAGGUGUUAAAUUUCCCAAGUCUAUUUUUGGCUGCGGAACUUACAAUGCUUUCACAAUUGAUACAGACGGAAAAAUCACAGGACUAGUAGGUCUUGGAGCAGGUCCAUUAUCACUAGUUUCACAACUAGGUGAUCAAAUUGGUAAUAAAUUCUCCUAUUGUUUGUUACCUUUUGAUUCACCCUCCACAAGCAAAUUGAUAUUUGGGGAAGAUGCAAUAAUAAAAGGGGAUGGGGUUGUGUCCACUCCCCUAAUUACCAAACCUUCUUCUCCUACCUUUUACUUCCUCAAUCUAGAAAGCAUCGUUGUUGGACAAAAGAAGGUGCAAACUGGUGACACCGAUGGCAACAUAAUAAUCGAUUCUGGGACAACUUUGACGUUGCUUAAACCAACUUUAUACAAUGAGUUUGAGACUUUGGUAAAAGAAGUCAUUGAGGAAGAGCAAAAUCCUCCAAGCCCUUACAACCUUUGUUUUGGAUAUAAGGAUGCUAUGAAUUUCCCUGAUAUUGUGUUUCAGUUUACAGGAGCUAACGUUUCCCUAAGACCCAAAAACAUGCUUUUGAAGUUGGACACCAACUUGUUUUGCUUAGCAAUUGUGCCCAGUAAUCAACAAGGGCUUUCCAUCUUUGGGAACGUGGCGCAGUUUGAUUUUCAAGUAGAGUAUGAUCUUGAAGGAAAAAAAGUUUCGUUCGCUCCUACUGAUUGUACCAAGUUAGGUUAACCUUAUCGUUUGUUUCAUAAAGGUUUCAUGAUAAACCUUAUCGUUUGAUUGAUAAUUAAAAAGCUUUUAAUAGUGUUAUUGUACUAAAAAAAUAAAAAGUUUUGAUGUUUCUUAUGCAA